AUGAAGAUUCUCAGCCUCAACUUCCUGACAUGCGCGGUCAAGGCCUGCAAGACGUCUCAGGCCUCGUUCCCUCUCCACCCCAAGGACGCGGAGUUGGUGCAAGACGACAUCGAGGUCAACCCCCAGUUGCUACUCAACGUCCUGCCCCGCUUAGACUGGACCGCACUGAGAACGAACGCUACUGAGCUGGGCUUCCCCGAGCUCCCCACGGAGCCCCCCUCGGCUGAGCAGCUCCAGGGCGACGAGAAGAUGCUCAAGGACCUGCACCACCUGCUCAUGGAGACGCAGAUCAUGGAGGGCAAGCUGGUCUGCGGCAACUGCGGACACGAGUACGCCAUCCGCGAGGGCAUCGCCAACUUCUUGCUGCCGAGUCACCUCGUCUGA